AUGAGUGUAGUCCAUCCAUUCUCAGCAGGCAAUACAGAUGAAAGAUAUAGUACAUUGAAGAAGGUGUUGGAUACAAUGAAGUUGACAUUUGCUCAAUAUCGUCAGUUGGAGAGUGAGAAAGAGAUGUCCAAGUUACUGGUCACUCAAAGACAAUACUCAAUGACCAAUAGCAAGUUGAAACAACUCAAUAAGACAAUAUCAGACUGUGCACUAUUUGGCAAGAUACAUUUGGAUAACAUUGCCAACAUUCAAGCACAAUCAUCAUCAUCAUCAUCAUCAUCAUCGAUCAACAACAACAACAACAAUAAUGCUGGACGUAAGAGACUUGGACUAUUGGCAAGUAGGCUUAGUGAGUUGAUGGCUGAGGUGGACAAUCGAUUCGGUUCAUACUCGGACUUGGAGGAGCUAAAGUCGUUGUCCAAGUUGGACCCCAACGAUAUACUGCCCGAGAAUGUGUACAGCUGUAAUAUAUCAUCGUCGACAUUUAUCCUGGACAUCUUUGUUUAUGGCGAUGGCAACAUCAAGGAGGUGAAACUGGUCUAUAUCAACAUGGCCAACGAGACCGAGACCACGUCCGAGUACACCAACGACCUCGCCACAGCGCUGCGGAACAACGCCUUCAAGGACUUUGACCAGAAGCUGCGCAGGAUCUGCAUGCAGGACCUGCUCUUCCGCAAGUACAAGCACGUCAAUCUGCAGAAUGCCAAGCAGGUGCUCGAGAGCGACUUUAUGAGUAUCGAGCGAAUGUUGGCCGAGCGCUACCCGUGCUAUGGCGCGCGACUCAAGGUCGACCACCCGACCACCGAGGAGAUCUCAUCGCCACUGUACGGCGCCAGCUUCGGCAAGAUCGGCCAGGACAGCUGCGGGCUCAGGAUCAACUAUUACAUGACAAUGCAGCAGUGUCUGGCCCAGGAGACUGGCCUCUCAAUGACCCUUGAGUUUGAGGAGGGUAGGCGUCCAUUCAAACUGCCGCUCAGCAGUCAGCUGUCUGGCAACCCACCACAGUCUGACGCGGACAUCACCAACCAGCAGUACUUUAACGAGUUUGUCGGCUCGGUGGCCGUCGCGCCACCAAUCGCACUCAACCAAACUACAGAGGCAAUGAUCACUGAUGAUAGUAUCAUAUCACCAGUGCGAUUCGUUGCGCGCCUGGACCCUCCCAUCCACGUUACACUGGACACAAUGGCCAAGAUCAUCAAGUGUGUUCAAACAAUUGAAUAUGGAGAGGAUAGCAAUGAGCAGGCAUACCCAUUGUCCGCUGCACCAGGUGUUAAACUUAAUCCAAUGUCAAUGUUGGAGAAUCAAAUCGUACAGCCACGCGACAAGCCUCGAUCCCCUCCACAAACACUGGACAAGCAUUACGACAACGUGGUCUUUGGCGCCAAGCAGCGAUACUUCUUUACGGGUGGAUAUCAUCAGGGCAUCGAGCUGUCCAGGGUACCCUUUGAGCACUGCUCACAGCUGUUGCCAGUGAUCCAGAUCUGUCGUCAACAGGCAGUCUUCAACUUGCUACUUCGUAGUUGCUUCACCAGCCAGCCAACAGAGGAUCAGACGCCUGGCGAGGAGUCGUCGGCAUCUACAUCAAACACAACAAUCACAACUCCACCAACAGUAACAUCAUCGUCAACAACACCAGCCACAACCUCUUCCAAUACGGCACCAGAUCAAGCUGAUGAAGCAACAUCUAUACCAAUCUUUGAGGUUAUGUGCAAUCCACCAUACUCAAUCAACAUCACAUUCCUGCAUCCAAAGACCAUGCACUUCAACUUUAUCGAGGUACAAGUCGACCUGGGUGGCGCAGUGGCUGCGACCAUCCAGUCAAGCCAAGAGGAUGAAGCGCCACUAUGCUCAGACCAGUAUCUUACGCGAAUGCUCAGCGCCUCCAAGUCCAUCCCAAUCACCUUAUCCUUCAUCCUUGGCGGCAACAACAUCAAUGCCAACAACCCCAACGCCAUGCAAUUGGUCUAA